CACGCGAACCUCAAUGCCAGAUUCACAUUAAUCUAAUUAAACUGGAUUAUUAUCCUAACCAAAAUCACCCCUUGCGUAAUUACUUUGCUACCCCUGUUAUGUACUGCUAGCCAGAGGACCCUAGACCGGAGGCAAGUGCCGCUCACCACGCUGCGCCGCCGUCUAGCCCCCUGCGGACUGCCUCUGGAGCUGCGCCGCCGAUCACGCGUCCCUGCCUAGACUCUGCACCGCCGAGAGCCCCACCCCUCCCCCCUCCCCGACGCGCCCCUGCCUCUGAAGCUGCGGUUGCAACGCCGCCGAGCUCCCCACCCCCGGCGCGGCGACAGUCUCUCGUUGGAUUCAAGAAACCAGCAGCCCCUUGGUGCCACCGGCUGCCCUCGCUAUAUACCAAACCGGGCGGGCAGAUCCCAGCCGCAUGCACCACCGCCUCCUCCGCUGCCGCGCGAUGCCUCUCCCGCCGCCGCCGCCGAGGAUGCCAGGGGUUUCCGGCGGGCGCCUCUUCGCGUCCCUCCCGCCCCCGCCACCUCUCCAGUCCCGGAGAGAGGUGCAUGUUUGGUAUCUUUGCCCUGAUGAGUUGAAUGAUCACUCCCAACUAAAGAUGUAUGCAGAAAUCCUUUCUCCAGCUGAAAGAAAGUAUGCUUUGUCAAUGAGCGGGACAACGUUGCAGAAAGAUGCUAUGUUGUCCCGUGCGUUGUUGCGCACCACCCUCUCAAGAUAUACAGAUUGUAAAAUUGAUCCGAGGGCAUUUGAGUUUAAGAAAAACAAAUUUGGCAAACCUGAGAUAGUGUGGCCACCUGAUGAUAGCAUUGUGGAACGGCCUUUGCAUUUCAACAUUUCGCACACAUCUUCUUUGAUUGCCUGUGGCAUUGCCAUGCAUGCACAUAUUGGCAUUGAUAUUGAGGAGAAGAAGCGGAAGACAGCCAAGAGUAUUUUAGCUCUUGCUCGCCGUUAUUUCACUGCUUCUGAAGUUGAUUAUCUGGCUGAGAUUUCUGAUUUGGAUGCUCAGCGGAAGGAAUUCAUAAAACUAUGGACUCUUAAAGAAGCAUAUGUAAAGGCUCUUGGAAGGGGUUUCUCAGGUGCUCCAUUCAAUAGGUUUUCAAUCAUGUUGGAAACAAGUCAGAGAAUUCAGGUUUCCAAGGCAUCAAAUGCAUGCAAUGAUUCUGAUCAUCUAUCUGAAAAUUGGCAAUUUGCACUUGCCGAGCUAAAUAGUUCUCAUUACAUGGCAGUUUGUAUAGAGGACGACCCAAGAAAUCAAGGUUCUGAAAAUGGUGCGGUACCAGUAGGAUUAAAAGUAUGGAAGACCAUACCAUUUGUAGAAGAUACACUUGUCACUGGAACAGAAGCUGUAAAACUUAUUGCUUGACUAUGUCGGAUCAUGUGCUGCCAGCUUGUUAAUUUCCACCUUAAGGUGGUUUCCGCCGGAUAGUUCACUAGACGAUAGGAAUGAUGCAAGAUUUGGUUUAGCACCAAGUGGAGGCCAAACUGUGAGCAUUCUUGAAGCAUGGAUAAUUGCUGCUUGCUUCUACCAAAGACUGAAGUUCCCAUCCUCGAAAGUGCACUCUGUGCCUAAGAUGUUGUAUUAUCGUUAACAGAACACCGGAUAUACGAGUGGGAUUGAAUACUGAAUCUGUAUGCUUUACACAUUGGAGUAAAAUGAAAUGUGCUUCUUGAAUAAAUUA